AGGCUGUAAAAUUGUGAUUACAUACAUAGUUGUGUCUCCAUGACUUCAGAGAACAUUACAUUGAUUUCCAGGAGACCUUAACCAUAGUUACUACUGAACUUGACUAUCUAUAACCCCAAUCUAAACAUCAAUCUUUACUUAACUCUUAACCUAUACGUACUCUUAACUAUAAAACAUAUCAUUGGAUCCUGCUUUUAACCUCCAUAAGUAAAACAUUUAGGCCAGUACCUGGACACACACACACACACACACACACACACACACACACACGUGCUGUAAAUAAUCCAUAACUCUGUAACGACUAGAAUAUGGUGAGGGACAUCACAAUAAUACUACUGUUCAGUACCAGUACAGAACAAACACACAAUAACAGGUGACACUUACUCUAACCUUAACCAUAGUCACUACUUGCCUAAACCGAACCUUAACCUUAACCCAAACUUCACACACACAGACAAAGACACACACACAGACACACAGACACACACACACACACACCCCUAAACUGCUGCCUCGUGCUCAUAUCUAUUCAUCAUCGUGACCUUUGAUCUGAGAAUUCUCAGUAAGUCUCACCCAUGGACUGUCUAUGAAAAGGUUUCACCAGGUACGAGAAGAAAUAGGCCCGGGACCGCGCACGCGCAGUCGACCCUCUCGCACAUGGACCACCCUCCGCAAAAAUCCCGGAAGUGAAACAAAACAUCCCGAGCUUGUGUGUGUGAGGGAGAGUUAAUGAAUCACAUUAGGAUGUAGGCGAGGUGACGUCUAUCUAAGGGACACAUGCUUUAACCUGUGCCUCACCGCUGCUAGCAGUCCAAAUGGAGCCAUGUGAAAGUGGAGAAGAAGAGACCAUGGAGACGCUUGUUGCUGCUGACUCGCUCCUCAACAUGGACUGUUCUGACACCCUCUCCCUUGAACACUAUUCCCAGACCUUCCUACCAUCACUGGGUGAUGUCAUCACAGCUCCUGUUACCCAGGUGACGGUGUCAGCAGAGGGGAUAGUGGGACCUGUUGACCAGUCACAAUGGCACUCGUUGCACACAAAGAAGCCUGCGACACAGCUGCAGACAAGAAAGAGAGGUAAAAAACGUCGACAUCGCAGGGCAGAGUCUCCCACACCAGACAUCAUAGUGAAAAAGGACAAAUACAACAAAGGAGGAAACACGCUGUACCUGUGGCAGUUCCUCAUGGAGUUGCUACAGGAUCGACAGGUCUGUCCCCGCUACAUCAAAUGGACUAAUCCCCAUGCAGGCAUCUUCAAGCUGGUCAACUCGAAGGCUGUGGCUCGACUCUGGGGCAAACACAAGAACAAGCCAGAUAUGAAUUAUGAGACUAUGGGCAGAGCUCUCAGGUACUACUACCAGAGGGGGAUACUCAAUAAGGUGGAAGGCCAGCGUCUUGUGUAUCAGUUCACCUCUCUGCCAAAAGACAUGAUUUAUAUCACGGAUGGAGACAGCACCAAAGAAGGAGAAGAAGAUGAUGAGGAUCAUUACGACAAUAGUGGCAACGAUGAAGGUGUGAGUGAUGACACUGAUGACGGCGUGUUAUCCUCUAGUGACCAAUCGGUGGAGGAGGAAGAUUUCCCACCACCACAAAAGAAGAUGUCAUCUAGUAGCUCUGUGCGAGCCCCCGCCGCUCCACGGACCAGGCCAACGCCCAGGCCUCCAGGCCAGCGUGAAACUGUCCUGCGGCCCACCAGCAAAAGCCUGAUCCAGGAGCAGCACUUACCCAUAGUGUCUGCUGAGAUGCUGCGGACCCUCCAGAACCUUGAGAAGGUCCAGUCCCUGCAUCCCGCCGGUCACGCCUCAGUCUUUAAAACGGCUCAGCUGCUGGGGAGCCUGUACGAACGUCAGGCCGCCGCUGUGGUGGCGGUCGACAUCAUGGGUGCACCCGACAUGCACGAUGAAAAGUCCCACCAAGGGUAGAAAAAGUUCACAAGUAGGGACUUCACAGCUGGUGCCUUUCACUAGCUCUGACCAAUAGAACAGAGCAGCCCACAACCAAAAACGUGCACAUACACUCCACUGUCUCAGGUCCAGUUACAGAGCAGCUCUUUGCUGAGGCAUCGCGUUCACACCAGGGCCUUUAUAUCAUACGUGUGUAAGAGCAUAUUGAUCUAGGAUUCAUUUUGUAUUUCAGAUUUUUUUAUUCCUAGGUAACAAAGAUAAUGCUAGAUCAGUCCUUCCUUACUGGUGUUUGAGUUUAGAGGAAAUUGGCAGCGAUCAGUAGUUUGACUUCUCAGUAGACAUGCAGACUUUAAAAGCUCAUGUCCUUAAUCUCAGCCUUUUGUUAUUCUCUGUACCAGACACCAAAGACAGACAUGCACUGGAAUCUACAGUCUCUCUGCAGAAACACGCGCUGCUUGCACGUGGGCUCCACUGUCAUGGAGCUAAUUACCUGAUCUGUGCACACUGUGCCCUCCGUCUCUGCCUUUUCUCUCGCUCUUCUCCUUUUUUCUUUUUACCGUCACAUGCUGAAUGAUUUCUCUGCCUUGAUGCACUAAAGUUUACCGCUGCUGUAUGUUUCUUCUCUUAAGUGCCUGAAGAUCUCAGACCACCCUCUCCCCCGCUUCCGCUGUUCCUGGAAAAUCGUGAGGUUGUUGAGGGAAAACAUUCCAUAUUAUUGUAUAUUAUUUUUUAAGAUUACUGAAUUAUGUCUGUAUUGUGAAAUGUUGAAAAACAAGGGAUCACUGUUAUUUCUAGAAUAGGAAUUUAGCACUGCUGCUGUUUAUAGCUGAUGUAUGUUCAGUGGACCUCGCCUUAUGUUGACAAUCACCUAUGAAAUUAUGUCAUUGCCUUACUUAGCUACAGCGCUUCAUGUAGUGUAGCGUCUAUGCCAUGCACAUAUUCCCUUGAGUUACCACACAUUACAUAAAGUACAGCAUAUGAGUGCUUACAUGGACUUCUAAAGCAUAACUCUGUAUUGUGUGUUAUACUAUAUACUGUAUGUUUGUGAACAUGCUUGACUUUGUGCCUUGUUUCCAUUUUCUCCCUCAGGUUUGUACAAAUUUGUUUUGCUGCAAAGACUCUAUGCACUCUAUGCAAGUUAGUGAGUAAAAAAAACGGCCCUUUAUAAAGAAGUAAUGCUGAGUUCAGCAUUUUCUCUACACUUGAUCUUGCUUUAGCCUCAGAAAUCCAGACUACAAAGUUCUCUUCACUCCAAAUGCAAACUGUUGGGUAGGACUUUUAUGCUGGCGUCUGUGAGGCUAACUUUGGUUUGGAGAUGUUUCAAACUGUGCCUUUGCCCCUCCCUAGAACCCCCUAUGCAAAAGUGCUUUUCACUUAAUGACUGAGAUUUUUUUUUAUUUUGGAAUCCACACUUUUGCCUUAUCUGUAGCUCCCUUGAGAUUUUUACGUUUUACUGAUAACAGAUUUGUGAGCUUGUAGCAGAGGGAGAGGUGGAGUUUUUGUUGCUGUUCUUCGUAUGUUUGCCUUCACGCAGUCUCAAGGUGUUGAAAAGAGAAGAAAAGAAAAUAAACUUAAUUUUGUCUGUGUGAAA